AUGCCGCACCGCCGCCGAGCUCUUAACCCGACGCUGCCCCCGCCACCUCCCGCCGCCACCGCGUUCGGCCACCUCGGCGCGGACGAGGCGCGGCUGCCGCUCCUCGCGGACUACGCGCUGCUCCACCAGCCCUCCGCCGCCUCCGUCUCCGUCGUCGACGCGCCCGCCGUGGCCCCGGCGUCGUCCGAGUGGAGCGCCGGGAGCGCCUUCACCGCCACCUCCGACGCAGCCACCACCACCGCCUCCUCCACCGCCACGGCGCCGGGCUCCUCCUCGCAGCUGCUGACCGCCGCCGAAGCCGCCGGAGGGAGGGAGAGGGACACGUGGGUCCGCCGCGCCAGGGAGGGGUACUACCUCCAGCUCUCCCUCGCCAUUCGCCUCACCUCGCAGGCCUUCCUCGCCGGCGCCCCGCCCGCGCCCGAGCUCCUCUUCGGCUGCGGCUCCGGAGUCGUCGCCGACCACCACGCUGAUGGCAACGGCGCGGAUGAUCCAGAGGCCAUCUCCUACCGGCUCUGGGUGAACGGGUGCUUGUCGUGGGGCGACAAGAUCGCGCACGGGUUCUACAACAUCGUGGGCAUCGACCCGCACCUGUGGGCCAUGUGCAACGUCGCGGAGGAGGGCCGCCGGCUGCCGUCGCUGGCGGCGCUGCGGGCGGUGGACGCCACUGAGUCCUCGCUGGAUGUGGUGCUCGUCGACAAGGGCGCCGACUCGGUGCUCCUCGACCUCGAGCGCCGCGCCCUCGACCUCGUCCGCGCGCUCGGCGUCACUCUCGACCUCGCCCGCAGCCUCGCCGUCCUCGUCUCCGACCACAUGGGAGGUUCUUUGCGAUCGGAGGAUGGGGACCUGUACCUGCGGUGGAAGGCGGUGAGCAAGAAGCUGAAGAAGAGGCAGAAGUGCGUCGUCGUCCCCAUCGGCGUCCUCUCCAUAGGCUUCUGCCGGCACCGAGCCAUUCUUUUCAAGGUACUCGCAGAUUUCAUCGGCCUGCCAUGCCGGAUCGCGCAAGGUUGCAAGUACUGCUCUGCGCCUCACCGAUCAUCUUGCCUUGUCAAAGUCGACAGUGAGAGGAGAUAUGUAAGGGAAUAUGUCGUGGACCUUGUAGUUGAGCCAGGAAGCAUCAGCAGCCCAGAUUCAUCCAUCAACGGCCAGCUGCUGUCCACCGUGCCUUCACCUUUCAAGACUUCGUGUGCAGUUGGCUCGGAGAACUACACCACGCCAGUUGCAGCCUGGAAUCAAGCAAUAGCAGAUGAACGUCGCACCAUGGUAUUGUCAAAUUCCCAGUAUUCAGUUGCUAGAUGCCGCAUUGUGGAGAACAACUCUGUUCAGGUAGCCAGCAAAGAAGACCUGCUGCCAAAGUGUGGGCAGAUCACACAGAAUGGAAACUGCAAUGGUGUAUCCAUGUUACAAGUGUCAGGGCAAUUGAAGGCAAUGGACAUCGGUGCUGAGAAUGGCAACACGGAGAACGUCCCUGGUGCUAAUCUUCCGAAACCCUGGAGCAUUGAGCCGCCUUUUGCUGUAGACUGGCUGGAGAUAUCAUGGGAGGAGCUUGACCUCAAGGAACGCGUAGGCGCCGGUUCUUUCGGCACUGUUUAUCGUGCAGACUGGCAUGGUUCAGAUGUUGCAGUAAAGGUGCUUACAGAUCAGGAUGUCGGCGAAGCUCAGCUGAAGGAAUUCCUAAGAGAGAUUGCUAUUAUGAAACGAGUCCGCCAUCCGAAUGUGGUAUUGUUCAUGGGUGCGGUGACAAAAUGCAAACAUUUGUCAAUAGUGACAGAGUAUUUGCCCAGAGGGAGCCUCUUCCGCCUCAUCAACAAGGCAGCUAAUGGAGAAAUGCUGGAUCUAAAGCGUCGUUUGCGCAUGGCACUAGACGUUGCAAAAGGCAUCAACUAUCUCCACUGCUUGAAUCCUCCUAUUGUGCAUUGGGAUCUCAAGACACCAAACAUGCUGGUUGACCGGAACUGGUCUGUGAAGGUAGGUGACUUUGGCUUGUCCAGAUUUAAAGCAAACACCUUCAUAUCAUCCAAAUCAGUUGUUGGAACACCAGAAUGGAUGGCGCCCGAAUUUCUCCGUGGCGAGCCAUCCAACGAGAAGUGCGAUGUUUACAGCUUCGGCGUGAUCUUGUGGGAGCUCCUGACAAUGCAGCAACCAUGGAGUGGCCUAGGCCCUGCGCAGGUAGUAGGAGCUGUAGCAUUUCAGAACAGAAGGCUUCCAAUUCCGAAAGAUACCGACCCAGAACUUGCUGCUCUUGUUGAAUCCUGCUGGGAUGACGAUCCAAGGCAGCGGCCUUCGCUUUCGAGCAUUGUGGAUACGCUGAAGAAGUUACUGAAGGCGCUUCUUGGAGGACUGAAGAUAUGUGCUCUAGGAGAAAGGAAAGACAGUUUUGAUGCCAAAUUAGAAUAG